AUUAAUUAAUAGAACAGUAGCGUUGGAGAGGAUCCGGCGUGGGGAUUUGGGGGGUGACUGUGUUUAAUUUGGGUUGCGGCGGAGCUAAAUUGAGAUGGAAACCACACUACAACCACCAAAGAAGAUCAUCAUCGACACCGACCCUGGCAUCGAUGAUGCCAUGGCAAUAUUUGUGGCAUUGCGAUCGCCAGAAGUGGAAGUGAUUGGACUCACAACCAUUUAUGGAAAUGUCUAUACAACACUCGCUACAAGAAAUGCUUUGCAUUUGUUGGAGGUUGCAGGGAGGACUGACAUCCCAGUGGCUGAAGGAUCUCAUGUCACAAUCACUAAAGGUACAAAACUCCGUAUAGCUGAUUUUGUACAUGGCGCUGAUGGGCUUGGCAACCAAAACUUUCCCCCACCAGAAGGAAAGCCAAUUGAACAGUCAGCAGCUGCUUUCCUCGUCCAGCAAGCUAACCUUUACCCUGGAAAAGUCACCGUGGUGGCCCUUGGCCCUCUUACAAAUAUUGCAUUGGCUAUUCAAUUAGAUCCUGCAUUUGCGAAAAUUAUUGGGCAGAUUGUUGUUCUUGGCGGCGCUUUUGCAGUAAAUGGAAAUGUGAAUCCAGCAGCGGAGGCUAAUAUUUUUGGCGACCCAGAUGCUGCAGAUAUUGUAUUUACAAGCGGUGCUGAUGUUUUGGCUGUUGGGAUUAAUGUUACACACCAAGUUGUUUUGACAGAUACUGAUCGUGAUAAGCUGGCACAAUCUGGUGGAAAAUUUGCUCAUUACCUGUGCAAGAUCUUAGAUGUGUACUUUUCGUAUCAUCACGAUUCUUACUGCAUGAAAGGUGUUUAUCUUCAUGAUCCAACAGCCCUUCUUGCAGCUGUUAAUCCUUCAUUGAUCACUUAUACAGAAGGUAUUGUUAGAGUCCAGACAAUUGGCAUCACAAGGGGCCUCACAUUAUUUUACAACAAACCGAAAAGAUUUGCUGAAGUUACUGAGUGGUUGGAUAAACCCUCAGUCAAGGUGGCUGUGACUGUUGAUGCUCCCUCUGUUCUCAAAUUGGUGAUGGAACGGCUUACAGAUUCAUAGAUUAUGCAGAGACUGGAUUCAUUGAUGUUAACUGCUUCUGAUAGUAGUUGUCAAAAUCAAGUCAUACUUGGCCGCCACCGAUGGUUGGAGUUUCUGCAUAAUAUCGAUUCAGAAAUAAUAUGCUUCUGCAUGGUUGGGCACAUGAUGGUUGUCUAUUAUUAUGUUUGGCUUCUGUUUGGAAAAUUUGCCAGUCUUACUGCAUCCUUCAAUGAAAUUAUUGUAUUUCACUACUUUGUAAUAAAGAUGAUUGUGUCUCCAAAAGCGUUUGCUUAAUAAACUUGUGGGCUUCUAUUUUUUUUUGGGGGGUGAAAUGUGAGAAUUUGUGGGGGCAUUCCCUAAGCUAACAAUUACAUCAGAAAAAAAUAUAUCGAUGAAAGAUUAUAGGGAGAAAUCCCAUGCACAAAUUAUAGUCCUAGAGGUCUGAUUAUUCUCAAUGUUAUUCCAAGAAGCAACUCUUCAUCUAA